AUGAGAUCUUUCAUCCCUUUUGUAGCCUUUGCUGGCGCUGCCAUUGCUCGGGUUAACAUCAUGCUGCCUCUUUAUGUGCACCCCAUCCACACGACAGACUGGAACGCGGUGGUUGAAACGGUUAACGCGCAUAAAAAUCUACAUUUCUACUUGGUUAUAAAUCCGGCAAACGGCCCAACUGACAGGAACGAUCCUUUCUUCCAGUUCGAGCAUGGGUAUAACACAGACUGGACCACCGCCGUCGCGCGGCUUAACGCCCUGGAAAAUGCGCAAACCAUUGGUUAUGUCUCGACGUCGUAUAACAACGGCAGUCGCACAAGAGAUACAGUCGUCGCAGAUAUCGACAACUGGUCUCAGUGGAAGACGGAGAAGGAUAGGGACGGUCGGCCAGCCAACAUCUCCAUCCACGGCAUCUGGUUCGACGAGACCAGCGUUGCUGAGAAAGACUUCGAGUUCUAUAAAGACCUGACAUCACACGCCAGAGAAGCGUUUGGCGCCUCUUCGGCGCCUCAGUAUACAGCUGUGCUGAACACGGGCGUCCGGCCCCCAAACCCAACCUAUGAGCGAGACCUGUUCGGCCUCGCAGAUGUCGUUGUCACGCGAGAGACUUGCUGGCAGAACCCCUCAACGUCAAACGCAGGAGCUUGUCCUUUGCCCUACGAGCCUUAUAAUGCAUCUACGUUGGUGGAGAGCGGUGGCUUGCCAAGCAACGUUGACUUGUAUGCCAAGGCGUCUAUUGUCGUGCAUUACGUCCGGCCGGACCCACCGGUAGAUACGGCUAUACUCGCCGACCAAAUCAAGAGGACAGUCGAUUUUGGAAUUCACAGCUUGUACUUCACUAGUGCUGAGCUGUGGGAAACGACAGUGCUAGGGCCGGCUACAGUGGGUGCUGUUGCACAGGCAGUGGACGUCGCUCAGCCAUAA